AUGGCUGCACCCCCUGCGGCUAAAUCACACUUAGACCUCCUCGAGAAAACACAGAUGAAGCCAAUAUGCUCUGCCUUCGAGGAUCCCGUGGAAUUUGUGCCGUCUACUCCAGCUACUGGUGUUGCUGUAGAGACACCAGCAUGUACAGCUUCCACUGGGAAGGUACCCUAUGCAAAGAUCGCUGCUGCACUCUCCACUUCUAGAAGGCCUCUAUUUCUCACCUAUACACUGAUCAGCGCUACAGACGCUGCGACACUACUUCAGCUAGAUGAUCCACUGCAACUCGCCAGCGAGCUGGAAGAGCUGCUACAGCUACAGGCCUUCGUGACUGAGCUUCGAGGCUCUACCGCAGAAAGCUCGACACCCAGGCCGUCAAGGACUAUUAAUAGCUGCAGGACAUCCUCUCAAAAAAGCAACACGGAGAGAGGCUUUCCUGGCGACGACUCUGCAGAUGCAGCAAAUACUAAAAGCAACUCAGUGCCCAUGACUUCAGGUCAAGACUCUACAGUUAGCCUUGAUACUCUGGAUGUAACGGGGGAAACUACGAAUCCUGUUAUUGCUCCCACUGAUGUUCCCCAUGCAGACAUCUUUUCACAGCACCAGCUGCUACGCUCACAGCAGCAUUUGGAUGAGGAGGACCAUGCAACAGCCUACUCGGUUGUGCUAGAGUAUUUCGUCGCUGCAACCUCCUUCUGCCGCCUUGCCAAGUUUUCUCCUCAAGCCGUCUCCACUUUCCUGACCCUUUUGCUUGAAGUAUACAGACAAUCGGUGCAGCAGCACAUGACGGCGGCUGCGGCCUUCGAUACAUAUAAGUCGCUGCUACUGAAGCAUUCGAUAUACCGGCCCCCGUGGGCAACAGAAGUCUUCUGUUUCCAGCAGCUGAUGCCAGCCACCGAGUUUUUCUUUGAACAUUUUGUAAGGCUGCUGCCGCAGCUGCAGCAACUGCAUGCACGUCACCGCCCUAGGAUUGGUGACUACAGCGGCUAA